AAAGUUAUACAUAGAUUUCAAUACUUGCAUGUAUUGCAUAUUAUUUUCAUUAAAGUUUAGAAGUAAAUUAUUUCUCAUGAAGAUUAACCUACAAAUAAUAUUAGUUGAAGAGUACGCUACUAAUAUUAUGUUUACAAUAAACAAAUAUUAUUUUUUGACACUCAAUUAUCGAGGGAGCAAGUUUUAGGAAAAUUCUAUUAACUAAAAGAAAUGAAUGUACUUUUCGACAGCAAAAAUAAGAAAGCAACACAUUUUGAUUACUCAAAUUUGUUAAAGAAAUUAGAUAGCAACAGUUAAUUUCCUACAGGGCAUAAACUACAAUAAAUGAGAAGACAACAGUAGUAAAGAAUGUAUAGUAUUACUAAGGAAAAAUAAAAAAAAAACUAACCUAAAAUUACCAAAAAAAGUUCUUACCAAUAUAAUGCAUGACAGAUUCUUUCGGACAAAAUUUAGUAUUACAUGCAUCUUAACAAGAACAUUUUACAUAAUACUAGUAGUAUGCCUAUUAUUCACUAAAUUGAAGGACAAAGUAUUUUGAAAAUUCCUGGGUAUUGCACUGAAAAGGGUAUGGAAAAACUCGCAAACAUGUUCUUGCAUGAAAUUCACGCUAAACAUCCAACAUUUUUCACCCGACCCUAUGUUCAAGGUUAUGCAAAUGCAUUCGUGCGCAAAAUAUGUGCAAAUGCAAAAUUUCCAUAACCGAAAAUGUAGUGAAAUUCCCGGAAAGUGUUUUAAUUGUUUUCGGUGCGCGCUGCAAUAAAUGCGCGGGUAGCAGGUGUGCGCAGGUAUCGAACGACCUGCCACACCCACUAGUUCGUUGACGCCUGUCGGCUUAGCGGCGCGGCGCAACACGAUAGGUAGCCGACAUGUGUAACUGUGAGUGUGCGCGCGGAUUAUGUCGUUAGUGAAACAAUGAAACCAAGUCGCCGUUUUGUUUAAGCCGUCUUGGGAUUAACGCUAAAGAUCGCAGAAGUUCGCGUAUGCAGUUUAGCAUCAUCGACGAAGGGUUUUCGCGCACACGAGUGACUUGCUAUCCUUUUCGCACGCAUUUGCGUAGAUGGCGCUUGCUCAAUUCAGUGAUCGUCCUGGGCGGCCAUAUAUGAGCCAGCGACUAGGAUAUAAAAGGCAAGGCGCAGCAUCUUGGUAAUUCAGUAUGAACGAUCAAAUCAUCCGAGACGAUCACGCAUAUGAAGUGCUAAUUUAUCAGCGAGAAUUAGAUAAAAUUGAAAAAGUAAUCGAAACGAACAAUAUGUUGCUCAACUCAAACGGAAAGAAUAACAGCGGAAACGCGGAUUCAUCGCAACAACCGCUUUUAGUGAAUACUUCGUCGUUUAAUAAUGAGAAUUUCCAAAAUUGCCUCUCCAUUUCGAGAGAUAUCGAACGCCAGGAGCAGUUGCAGCAAAUCCAUCGUCGUCUCAGUCAUCCAACACCACUUGAGGCUACAUUGACUUACGAGGAGAUCUUCGAGUGCUCCUUUGUAGACGAGCGUUAUGAAACGGCACAAGACUACCAGAAUUCAACGCGUCCACGGCAAGUAACCGAUCUGGAUGUGUCGCAAAGCAUCGAGGAUUGCAUGAGAUACUUCGAUGAGGAUGUCAAUGUGGAUUCGGGUCCAUCACGUUGCGAUACACCCAACAAAAUGCCCUCCGCCGGCACUGUUGCCGCAGCUGUGGCAAAUUUCCAAACUCAAAUGUCCAAAGUUAUGGGCUCACCGCCACCACCGUAUCAAGAGCACGCCUCGCCCAAAGUACGUGAAGUACGUGCGGAACCAACACCACAAAAGAGUACCAUACAGCAGUUACGUAAAAAAUACGAACAAAAUAUAGUGAACGAACCAAGCCGUAAAGCUCAAGAGAAGCCGCAAAAAGUGAAAGAACUACGUCGGUCGGCACCAAUAGUGCCUACGCCAACAUUACCGAAGCGCCCAAAAUCGCCAAAAAUGUCACGUAAAUCGAAGGUUAAGCAAAUGGCGCAUAUGUUCAAUAAUAAAAUCCAUCAGCUGAUGCGUCGCGACUCCACCAACCAACAGGGUUACACACAGUUGGAUGUGACACAAACGCAGGCUCCAAAACCAGCUAAGAAAGUAGGACUGUUGAAACCAGCACCCAAAGUGCGACGUAUGCCAUCUUUCCGCACUAGUCUGCCUAGUCCAGUGCCCAGUCCCCGUUUCAAACGCAAAACCGGACCAAAUACCAGCGCUCAGUCAUUGAGUGACAGCGAGAGCGCUUGUCUAGUCGCCGAGGAUGUCUUCCGCAAACUCUCCGUGAAGGACAAAGCUUUGUUGUAUAACAAAUUCAUUGAAGAUAUGUCCAAACAACAUCCACAGUUCAGCGUACAUGCACGCCUCGUUGAGGCCACAGUACAGCAGGAGUUGGAGCGCAGCGAGCGGGAACAGAAGCCACCCAAAGUCAAGGAGUUGGCACGUGAGUUGGAGGCCAAAUUCAAUUUGCCGAAACCAAAGAUAUCUUCAUGGGCUUUGAAAAGACUGGCAGAGCUACAAAAGACACCGGAAUACGAUGCAGCCAAUAGACGCAUUUCAUUAACUCCACCACCGCCAGCAAUCGCCGCUGCACUACAAUCCUUGCAAGAGCAAGAAGAAGAGUCGAAUGAAGCAAAUCAGGCAGAGUGUGAGCCUGAAUAUGAGGAAAUCGAGGAGGCUGAGGAGCUACAUGUGAGCACACUUACUGUUGUGCUCAAGCCAAGUCCCGACAAGCUGACACCCAAGCAACGUGAAGUGCCACGCAUGCUGCCACGCAAAGCACGCGAGCUCCAAUUCAUCCAUGACAUGCGUCAAAUAGAGCGUUCACAGAAACGUAAUUGUGAAUCGAUGCGCGCCUCAGUGUCCUUCGAAGCUUAUGGACCUCCCAAGAAAAUACGACGCACCAGAGCCGAACGUCUGCAACCCAAAGCGAUCUUUCAAAAUGCGCACAUGGAGCGUCUGUUCUAUAAUUGGAUCAUGGAGAAAAAUGGUGUUACCUUCGAUAUUACAACGGUGGAGAACAGCGAGGACUCGUUGUGUGCAAAUGGCGACGAAGCCAAUAACUCAAAGAGUUCGACUAAAUCCAAAUCUAAAGUACAUGUGUUGUUGGAGAAAGCGAUCGCCAAGUUGGAAAACGUCGAGGCGCGUGUCAUGAGACGUGAUAGCUACGUUUCGAAGAAAACUGAGAAAGCUUUAAAGAUAAUCAAAGAAACGAGAGAAAAGAAAGUAGAUAAAAGUGUUAUCGAAGUUGAUCUGUCGAACAGCAAGACAGGCACCUCCAGCGAUGAGAUACACGCCGAAGCCACAAAGCGUUUGCAACGAAAAGUUAAACGUCCAGCGCCACAACCACCCAAGGCUCAGAACUCAAAACUCGAACAAACAAACGAACAAGAUUUCUCUUCAUUGACAUCUUCAGACAAGCAAUCCGAAGCGGAAAGUGAAUCGGGACUCUCUAGCUUACCAAAGAUUACAAGCGAUGAGUCACAACCAGAACAAACCGCAUUAACGGCCAACAAAACAGCUGACUUUGAAUUUGUCAAACCCAUCAAGCCAUUGCGCAAGAAGAAGUUGCGCCGCACACUCACCUGGAAGAAAGAGAACUGCAUUAUCGAGAGUCGACCCAUACCAUCGUCCACCGACUCCGAGGGCGAGCACGCUAAACCAGUUGUUGAAGAGGAAGUUGUCUAUGUCAAUGUGAUGCAACCCGCUAAGCACGCAGAAGAUAAGCUCGAUAAAACCGAUAAGACCGAACUUAAAGAAAUGGCUGCUGCCGCCGAAGAGGCUCUCAAUAUAGAGCAACAACAAGAAAAGGAAAUGAACAAUGAUGUGACAGUCAUGAAUAACUUGAAUACACCACAGAAGAUAAGAAGCGCCUAUACGCUCACUGCUAUGUCCACACCCUCGGCAUACACAGAAAGCGAUCCAUCACCUUUAACAGAAAGUGAUCCCGAGAUUAUACGCAAACGUAGCAUGCGCCAGUUGGCCUUAUCCUCACCAACACUGGUUGCGCAAGAGGAGAAGAGACUGCAAGACACACCCGAGAAGACGGAAGAUACAAAAAGUGCUAGAAAUAAUAAUUCAACCAUGGAAAUAACUCAACCAGAGGACACGCUACAAAAAUUGAUCGACAGUUUUGUUGAUCUUGGUUUCGAGACUGGCUCAAAUGGUAUGGAGAGUCCGGUGCGUCGUGCAGCACCUGUGCCGACGCCCAGAAGAAGCAAAGGCGGCUCACCACUUUUUAUCAAACUAACGCCUGAACUGGAGAAGACACUACAACAAAAUCGCUCCAGCUUUUCUUCGACACCGGUAAAGGGCAUGACAAGCAAUCAGUCAUAUCAAGCAUUCAACAAUAAUGCAGCACGUCAACUACAACAGCAAUCCAUUAGUCCCAUCGGUACACUUAGUGCUGGACGUCGUCGUUCCUUGAAUCCCGCCGAUGAUUCUCGUCGUAAUUCCAUAGCUAUGCAAGUUAUUUCCGAAGAUCGUCCCUUGGAACAUGUUGAUCGUUCACAAACACAAACGCCACAAUCGCCUAGCGCAAUGGAGACCAGCUUCUUUGGUAACUCCUUCAAUUUGAAUGUUAGUCAAAACAACGAACAGCUGGAGAGACCAUCAAAGUUUUGGAUACGCGCCGAUGACUUUACAAUCAGCAUGGAUGUAUUCUACAAUCCAUCAGACCGUCUACGCUUGCUGUAUGACAUAUUCAGCCAGAAGAGCUGCGAGACACGCGAUUUACACUUUGGCAUCGAUGAUUAUAAAUUCUCCACACAAAAGAUGGGUGACAAAGCAAAUAUCUCGAACCGUCUGCCCACCAUUAAUGGCUGCUCACACUAUUGGUUCUCCACCGGUGAUCUCGCUGUGCCCUUCAACGGCAAAUAUAUGGCACCAGAGAAGAUUGAGCGCAUGUUCGCUUUCAUAAAGGACACUAUUGCCGAAAAGGCGCAACUACGUUUCGGCGUCGAUGACUACGAGUUCUCCAGUGUGCCUGAGAAUUGGGAGACCUGUGCUAAGUUUUCAAUGGAAAGUAGCUACAGCAUGCUGGUAGGUCUACAAGGCAACAACAAUGGUUUGGAGGGGCGUGGUCGUUUCGCUUGGCCGAGCUCGGUUUACAACUCGGCUAACUCGAAUGCCAGCUCUAUAAAAACAUCGGAUUUGGAUUGCUCCGAAAUGGGUUCCGACUUUGAUAACAGCGAAUUACGUUAUCUCACUGAAUCACCAACCGGCACUAACUACUUCGAUGUGGCCUCGGUAGAUAGCGCCGACAUGAUAUUACCACAUGGUAACAAUGGCAAAAAGUGUGAACAUUUCUUCGAUAUGAAUUUCGAUUUUGAGUCGUUGGAUAAACUCUUCGAGGAAGAUCAAAAGCUGAACAACUCACUGGACUCCAAUUUCAAGCAAUCCAUACCGGAAAUGCUACAGAAACUACAGCACCAGAAGGUCAAAUUGACGGCAUUGGAGAAACGCAUGAAAACCUAUUCAAAUCACUCGGGCAUCGCCGGCGCCGUCAUACCGCACUCGAAGGAGUCACCGCUCUAUAUGCAUAAAUUGCGCAUCAUCAUCAAUGCCAUCGACAAUAUUGGACGCGAAAACGGUUUCAAGGCCUGUAGCAUGAAGCAGCUGGAGAGCUUCAUGUACUUCCUCACACGCUAUGCCGAUCUGUGCUUGGCCAGUUGCGAUAAACACAUGAACAAGGUACUGGACGCAUUGUUGGAUCAGCAACAGAAACAGCAACAGGAACUGAUUGAGGUCAACAAGGAAUUGGGUGUAGCCUAGAUGUCUUACAACUGAGAGGAUCAAAAAUGUCGACGCAAAAUUCCUUCCAGAUUGUAAAUCUAGUUCUAUCUCCAGUAUUAUUUUAUUUAUUAUAUUAUUUAUUUCACUCAAUAAAUUUGGAUUCAUCUAAAAAAUAUUUCUUUUCUUAAUGGGAUGGGCUCAAUGGUUUUUCGUUAAGGGGUUUUUUGUUUUAGGGAAGCAAUUUAUUCAGAUACUUCACUUUGUUUGACUUCACUUAAAAUAUUGUCUAUACUUAGGAUUAUGUUGAAUGGAACCAAUAUUCUUAAAAAAACGUAUAGGAUUACAAAACAAAAUUGAAUUUAGUCCAUAGUUAUUGAUUCCUUAUAUUUUGUCUAAGCAAUCAAACUAACAUCUCUCUCUCUGUCCAAUUGCAGCCUCCCGAAAAUGAGCUUCAGAAAUCGCACGA